AUGUAUUUGUCCUCUUCCAGGAGUGUGCUGGACUUUGAUUUUGAGAAGCUCUGUUCCAUCUCUCUUUCCCACAUUAAUGUUUAUGCCUGUCUGAUUUGUGGAAAGUAUUUUCAAGGCAGAGGACUGAAGUCUCACGCAUACACUCACAGUGUACAGUUUACUCAUCAUGUGUUCCUCAACCUGCACACACUCAAAUUUUACUGUCUACCAGAUAAUUAUGAAAUUAUUGAUUCAUCACUGGAAGACAUCACGUAUGUGCUGAAGCCCACUUUCACCAAGCAGCACAUUUCAGGACUUGACAAGCAGGGUAAACUGUACAGAGCUUAUGAUGGAACAACUUACCUCCCAGGCAUUGUGGGCCUCAACAACAUCAAAGCCAAUGACUAUGCCAAUGUGGUACUACAGGCUUUUUCUAAUGUCCCUCCUUUGCGAAACUACUUCCUGGAAGAGGAAAACUACAGAGGCAUCCGCAGGCCGCCAGGGGACAUCAUGUUUCUCCUGGUACAGAGGUUUGGCGAGCUGAUGCGCAAACUUUGGAACCCGAGAAACUUCAAGGCUCACGUGUCUCCCCAUGAGAUGCUGCAGGCUGUGGUGUUGUGCAGCAAGAAGAACUUCCAAAUUACCAAGCAAGGGGACGCUGUAGACUUUAUGACAUGGUUCUUAAAUGCUCUACACGGUGCUCUUGGAGGAACAAAGAAGAAGCCAUCAAUCAUUACACAAGCAUUUCAAGGCUCCAUGCGAAUCUUCUCCAAGAAACUUCCACAUCCAGAUUUAACACCUGAAGAAAAAGAAGCGCUGCUCGGGACCGAGGAGUACCUGGAGCAAAUGUCCGAAUCCACCUUCCUGUUUCUGACCCUUGACCUACCAACGGCUCCCUUGUACAAGGAUGAGAAGGAGCAGCUGAUUAUCCCACAGGUCCCCCUCUUCAACAUCCUGGGCAAGUUCAAUGGCAACACAGAGAAGGAGUACAAAACCUACAAAGAAAAUUUUCUCAAAAGGUUCCAGUUGACCAAACUGCCUCCUUACCUCAUCUUUUGCAUCAAAAGAUUCACCAAGAACAACUUCUUUGUGGAGAAGAACCCCACCAUUGUCAACUUUCCCAUCACGAAUGUAGACCUUCGUGAGUACCUGACAGAAGAAGCUCAAGCCACAGAGAAGAACACGACUUAUGACCUUGUUGCAAACGUGGUGCAUGAUGGGAAACCCACAGAGGGGGCAUACAGAAUACACGUUCUUCAUCAUGGAACAGGGAAGUGGUACGAGAUGCAAGACCUGCAGGUGAUUGACAUUCUACCCCAGAUGAUCACACUGUCGGAGGCCUACAUCCAGAUCUGGAAGAGACAAGAGAGUGAUGACACAAACAACCACACAGGGGCAUAA